AUGCAAAUUUUGUAUAAAUAUAUUCUAUUAUUCCCUUAUAAAAAAAACACACACAAAGAUUCUAAUAGAUAUCCUGUACAUUUUUGGUUCAUUAUAAAAUUUCAAUAAUAGGAAGAUUGGCUUGUGAUUCUACUGAGAGAAUUGAAAUCUGAAUACGAAAAAAGGAUAUUAUGA